AUGUCCUCAUCAAAGAAGAUCAUCCUCAAAACUUUAGAUGGGGGAACCAUCGAGAUUCUAGACGAAAUAGCCCUAGAAUCUAAAACAAUCAAGCACCUAAUGGAAUUAGAAGACUGGCCAGACAACGUGAUCCCACUACCAAACAUAACAGGCAGGAUCCUUGCCAAGGUCAUUGAGUACUGCAACGAACACAUUGGUGACGAGGAUGAGAAAGGUAUUGAAAAGUUGGAAUCGGACGGUGAUUUUGUCAAGGUCGAUAAAGACACACUCUUUGAAAUCGUUCUUGCUGCAAACUAUCUUAAUGACUAUCUUAAUAUUAAAGGUUUGCUGGUUUUGACUUGCAAAGCUGUCGCGGACAAAAUCCAAGGAAUGUCGGUAGGGGAGAUACGCCAGUAUUUAAACAUCUCUUUUAAUUUUAGUCCUGAAGAAGAAUUGCAUAUUCGUAGGGAGGAGCAAUUGGCUUUUGAGUGA